CUACUGCAGAUCACAAGCCUCUGGUAAAGUGAUAAGUGGAGAAGAACAUUUUUCAAGCAAAAAGUGCCUGGCUUGGUUUUAUGAAUAUGCAGGUCCAGAUGAAGUGGUGGGACCCGAAGGAAUAGAAAAGUUCUGUGAAGACAUCGGUGUUGAGCCUGAGAAUAUUAUUAUGUUAGUUUUAGCCUGGAAGCUAGAGGCCGAAAGCAUGGGAUUUUUUACCAAGGAAGAAUGGUUAAAAGGAAUGACCUCACUACAGUGUGAUUGUACAGAAAAAUUACAGAGUAAAUUUGACUUCUUGCGGUCACAAUUGAAUGACAUUUCAUCCUUUAAGAAUAUCUACAGAUAUGCCUUUGAUUUUGCAAGGGAUAAAGACCAGCGAAGUCUUGAUAUUGAUACUGCAAAAUCCAUGUUAGCUCUUCUGCUUGGAAGAACUUGGCCACUGUUUUCAGUAUUUUAUCAAUACCUGGAGCAAUCAAAGUAUAGAGUUAUGAACAAGGACCAGUGGUACAAUGUGCUAGAGUUCAGCAGAACUGUCCAUGCAGAUCUUAGCAACUAUGAUGAAGAUGGCGCAUGGCCUGUACUUCUGGAUGAAUUUGUUGAAUGGCAAAAGGUUCGUCAAGCGUCAUAGCAAGAAUUCAAAAGAAAAUGCAAAAGUGUUUUUGGUGCCCGCCUAUACACAAACUAAUGAGAAAAACAAAGGAUUGCAUUUUCAUUCUUAAGAAAGACUUCAGAGUAUUUUUUUUUUUCCUUUUUUAAGGAAAUUUUCUUGUUACAUGUGAUAUGGGCAUUGAACCACACUUCUGAGACUGAAAGUUGGAGUUCUUGUUUUGAGUCUUAUGUUUAUAGCAUUUAUUUCAGAACAAUAAAGAUUGCGAUUUGUGACAAAGGC